UGCUCAUGACUGCCACCACCACCGUCAGUCAGUCACUCGCCAUUUCUCUCUCUCCACUCUUUCCAUCAGCCGAAAAAUCCUCCGGUGAUUCAAUUUUUUUCUCUUUCUCUCUCGUCAGGAAAAAAAGGAAAUUCCAAGAUGAACUCUCUCCGCCUCGCCACGGCCCUCUGCACCCGGUCCUCCGCAUCCUCCACCAUCCUCCGAUCCUCCUCAGUUGGAGGAGUGCAGAAUUUCGCUGUCGUGCGCCCCAUCGCCACGACCCCCGCCUCUCGCGAUAUCGAUUCCGCCGCCAAGUUCAUCGGUGCUGGUGCGGCCACGGUCGGGGUCGCCGGGUCCGGAGCUGGGAUCGGGUCCGUCUUUGGCUCGUUGAUCAUCGGUUAUGCCAGAAACCCCUCUCUGAAGCAGCAGCUCUUUUCCUACGCCAUUUUGGGUUUCGCCCUGUCCGAGGCCAUGGGAUUGUUCUGUCUCAUGAUGGCUUUCCUCCUCCUCUUUGCUUUCUAAAUAAUCCACGAAUUUAAAAACCAGCGAGUCAAACAUUAGUUUAAUAGUUUAUUAAAGUAAAAUAAAAAAUCAAAAAUUGUAGCAGGAAAAUUUAAGAGAAAACUGUUAAAUAAAUAAUUCCAAACUUAAUUUCCUUCA